AUGGCUCCAGAUCCAUUUGACUGGAACGCUGAGAUUUGCAAAACAGAGGUCACUGGGGACAUCUUGCAAUGUACCUCUCACGUCGAAGCUCAAGGGCAGAUCAAUCUUACCGAUAUCAUUGGAAUUCUGCCUUCCCCUGAUUCUGAUUCCAGAUUCCGAUUGCUAUUCCUUGUGAGACCUGCAUGUGGAGAUAAGGAGGUGCUCGGCUGGUUGGAGAAAACAGACAUCCCAUCCCUGCCCCCUUCUCUAUCACCGUUUUUGAUCAAGCUUCCAGACCAUCUUCGACAUGUUAAGCCGGUGCAGGUUAUAAUAUCAACGUUGUCGGGAACAGGGACCGCUCGGAUAGUUUACCGCGAUCUUUUGAGACCCUUUCUAUCCUAUCUAGGUAUCAAUCAUCAGGCCCACGAAACGCAGUCCACUCACACGAUCAGCGAGUUGUCUCGAUCCCAGUUUCUGGAGGACGCCUGCGCAGGAACUCCUCAAACAAUUAUUCUGCUUUCGGGUGAUGGGGGUCUGGUUGAUAUUCUCGAUGUUUUCUAUAAAUCUACUCGGGAUAUCCAAACGCCCCCACAUAUCACCCUAGUCCCUUGUGGGACAGGCAAUGCCAUGGCCAGCUCUAUUGGGUUAAGAUCCGGGCCAUCUUCAAGUCUCACUGCGUUGCUCAAUGGAAAGCCAUUUCCCCUGCCGGUUUUUGCGGCGACAUUGUCCCCCGGGAGUCAACUCGUCAUAGAUGAGGGACGCCAGAGGACAGCUAUAGGUCAUGAGUCCAAUGCCUCCCACCAAACCAUAUAUGGUGCCGUUGUGGCAAGUUGGGGACUACACGCAGCACUGGUUGCCGACAGCGAUACAGUGGAAUACCGAAAGUUUGGGUCGGAGAGAUUCAAGAUGGCAGCGCAAGAACUUUUGUACCCUUCUGACGGUACCGAGCCUCAUCGAUUCCAAGGCAAGAUUACGUAUUUGACGGCACAUGGUCAGGAAGAGAGCAUUGAGAAUGACGAACAUAUGUAUGUCCUAGCUAGCCUCGUUCCUAGGCUAGAGAAGGACUUUCUCAUUUCACCGGAUUCGGAGCCCCUAGAGGGACAAAUGCGGUUCUUGCGUUUCGGCCCUCUCCCAGCGGUAGAAGCGAUGCGCCUCAUGACUCUAGCUUACCAAGGGGGCCAGCAUGUGCACGAGGCAACAGUCACAUAUGAAGCAGUUGAUCAAUUACGGAUUGAGUUCCUGGAAGACUUGGAACGAUGGAGACGAGUGUGCAUUGAUGGCAAGAUUGUUGUCAUUGAGAAAGGCGGGUGGAUGGAAUUGCGUAAGGAGUCCCGACAGCUCCUAGAGAUCAUAAAAUCGUGA